CACUGAGGUUAUUGAUAUCGCGACAUUCUAUCAGCCGUACCAGCACCUCCUUCCUCUCUCUCUUCACAAUGACAGACGCCGUCGACCCUGCCAGUCUGCGUCUGCUGCGGAACAGCGAGCCCUCGCCGCUAUACCCCGCCAGCACGGCCACGACUGCCACGUCCGACUUCGACGAUGACCACCGGGCGGCCAAUGCUCUCAAUAGCCUCGAGAGCGGGCUCGACGACGACCGUGGCGGCGACGCGCACGCAAAGAUGAUGCAGCACGCAAAGGAGACAUACAAUUCCAUGGACUAUUGGGCGUUCUUGCUGCUUGGUCUUGCCAUGCUCUGGCCGUGGAACUGCUUCCUCAGCGCGGCCGCGUACUUCCAAGACAGAUUCAAAGAAAGCGAGUUUCUAAGGGAAAACUUCCAGAGCUUCAUGAUGACAACGAGCACCAUCACCGCAACGCUCACAAUGCUUUACCUCUCACACCAGCAGCAACACGCGAGCUACACUUUCCGCAUAUGGCUCGCCCUCAUUCUCAACGCGAUCAACUUCACAAUCCUGGCUAUCGCGUCCAUCACCGAGGAAGCAUGGCACAUCGUCGUGUACUUCAUCUACCUCCUUAUCUCUGUCUUCUUCUCCGCAUGCGCCACCUCGCUCUCGCAAAACGGCGCGUUCGCAAUCGCAAACCUGUUUACUCCCGUAUAUACACAGGGAAUCAUGGUCGGUCAGGCCAUUGCAGGUGUGCUGCCUUCCAUCGCCCAGAUUAUCUCGGUCGUAUCCGUCGAGUCGUCAAAAGCCGGUGAAGCGGGCAAGGCCUCGUCCGCCAGCUCGUUUGUCUACUUCCUAACCGCCACCGGCGUCACCGUCAUCGCCAUCUUCUUCUACAUCUCAUUCUACAGGCGCCAGCGAGCAGUCAUCAACCACGGCGCCACCGUCGCCGGCGGCUACUCUGCGCCUCGGUUCUCUGGUGAGUUUGCGGAUAUCGCAGCCGCCGCCGAGCCCGAGCGCGAGUACAUUCCCCUCACUCGGCUUCUGAAAAAGCUCUACUUUGCCGCGUUUGCAGUGUUCUUCACGUUCGGUCUCACGCUCAUGUUCCCCGUGUUUGCGUCCACGACGCUCUCGGUGAAUUACGUCGAAGGCGAGACGUCGAUAAACUCCUGGUUCCGACCAAACGUCUAUAUCCCGUUCGCGUACCUGAUCUGGAACGCGGGUGAUUUAGCUGGUAGACUAGUCUGCGGCUACCCGCGUCUCGUCAUGCACUCGCAAAAGCAGAUGGCCGUCGUCGCGAUCGCGCGUCUGCUCUACAUCCCGCUCUUCUUCCUCUGCAACAUCAACGGCGAAGGAGCAAUCAUCUCAAGCGACUUUUUCUACAUGCUCUUGCAGUUCACGUUUGGUCUUACAAACGGAUAUAUCGGCAGUUGCGCGAUGAUGAACGCCGAGAGCUACGUUGACGAUAACGAGAAAGAGGCCGCGGGUGGAUUCAUGGGACUUGCGCUCAACCUCGGAUUAGCUGCCGGCUCGCUCAGCAGUUUUGUGCUGGUCGCGGAGAUUGAGUAGAUAUGUUUUCUUUUAUCAUUAUAUUCGGUUAUGUUUUCGGUUCAGAGGUUCUUCUAUAUUGGCUUUUAUCAGCUGUCUGAUGUUGGACAACCCUUCUAUCUCAUAUUUUUAAACUGCCUUAUCAUUAGCAGUAGCAUGAACUGUACAUAAAUCAUACCGUACUCUCACUAUCUUAUCCUCACCCCACCUAAUCAUACAACCUACACUCUCUUCUAUGUGGCAUUCUAUCC